UGUUAUUGAACGUGUGUGUGUGUGUGUGUGUGUGUGUGUGUGUGCAGGCGUCCUCUCUGAUGAACAAUCCUCAGGUCCAGCAGCUGAUGUCGGGGAUGAUGUCGGGAGCAUACGGCGGGAUGCCAGGAGGAGGAGGAGGAGGACUGGGAGGAGGACUGGGGGGUGGACUGGGGGGUGGACUGGGAGGAGGACUGGGAGGAGGACUGGGAGCAGCAGCGGCACCCCCCGGAGCCGCUGCUGCUGGAGAUUUAUCAGGACUGAUUCAGGCAGGGCAGCAGUUUGCUCAGCAGAUGCAGCAGCAGAACCCCGAACUCAUCGAACAGCUGAGGAGUCAAAUCCGCAACCGAACGCCCAGCGCUGGAAACGAGGAGCAGCCAUGACACCAAGACACAGUAAACGUACGGAGCCCGAGAGGUUGGACAUGUUUGCGUGUGAAGAAGAGUUGAUUCUUUGGAUCGUUUAUAUCUCGAAGGACUAAAAGGAAGUUGUUUUUUUUUGUUUUUUGUUUUUGUUUCCCAUCACUGAGUAAUUCCUGCACGAGAGAACGAGGAGCUUCAUUCAGUCACCAAAAACUACAAACGCCCACUUCCUGCGGCUCUGUGUGGUUUUCAGGAAGAACAUUUUGACUUUAACACUUUGAUAUCAAACAGAUGAAUUCUAAUAAAUCAAUAAAUCAAUAAUAAUAAUGCUGAAAAUAGGAACCUGGAUGUUAAACAGAACUUUCUUCUUAAAACUACACAGUGUAACUUUAAAUGUGUUUGUCCAGGACCUUGUUUAUGGUGUGUGUGUGUGUGUGUGUGUGUGUGUGUGUGUGUGUGUG